CUUAAGUGCGGGAGGAACAACGGCGGAGGUAGAUUCCGGGAGGUCGACGGCUGUAGUAACUGGACAAGUAGUUUAGAAGGCCAGCAAGGGACUUACGUGUGAGUGCAGAAAGAAUAUUGCGGGCACACAGCCUACUAAGCUUCGGUUCUUCCCGUGAAUCGUGACUCCGAUUCCAAGGAACCGGUACAGAGGGUCACGAAUUCAGGAAUCACCGAAACACAGCCGGUUAGGCCGCAGCCAUGGCCUCUACUGACAACAGUAUCCUGUAAGUCGCGAUUUUCACAGUGCAGGGUGGCGAGAUGAUUUAGGGUACAGCAACUUUCCUUUUCUUCGACUGCUGAGAUCUGAGUUGAGGCACUGCAGGGAAACCUGAGCCCCGAGCAUCAACGUAAGCUCCGUUAGUGCCAUUGGUCUGUUCUGAAGAAAAUGUGAUAAUAUUGUGUGGUAAGAAGCCAUGCCAGAUUUUCAGAGUUCAUGAUAAAAUGGUGAAGGAAGUGACUGUAUGCCUUACUUUGGAAUUACCUCGGACUUUUGUUCCCUUGAGCAAGUUCGCUUUGGUGUACUUCGGACUCCAAAUGAGACACAAGGAUGUGAUAUGAUUUAUGGUUUGCAGCCAUGCAUCUUAAGCCGUACCCAAAGCUACAAAAGAAAGAUGCAUCGCUUGAAUCAAGCCAAGAGGCACUCAGAGAGCUCCAUUCAAACCACCAUACAUCCGUAAGGGUUGAAAGAUGCCAAUCCACCUACAACAAACCAUUAUGCUGUAAAUCCAUUGCUUUGGCAUCUCAUAUCAGCUUGUGGUGUCCAAGACCUUUUAAUUUCAUUUCUCAAAAUAAAAUGUGCAAUAUGAGGAAUCUAGCUGAUAAUGUUAGCUUUAAGGGAAGAAAGAAACCCUUGUCUGAAAACAUUCUGCCUCCUUCAAUUCAUCAGGAAGAAGGGGAGGCACAAUUGGAUAUUUGGGCAGUCAUAAAACCUGGUAACACAAAGGAGAAAAUUGCCUUCUUUGCAGCACAUCAGUGCAAUAACAGGACAAAUUCCAUGAAACUGAAAAGCAGUUGGGAUGCUGAGGUCACAACUGCUAAACGCAGAAGGAAAUCUAUUGAUCGAGAGAAAAUAAAAAUUCAACCACUGAGAAAAGAUAGUGUAAAGGAUGAUAGACGAUAUUUGUGUGCUGACCCACAACCAACCAGUACCUAUGAUGAGAAUUCAUUUGUAAACAUUGAUAAACAAAAUGCUGAUGGACAUUGUCAUAGCAGCUCUCUUUCUGUAGCAGAAAUGGUGGCUCUUCUAGAACAAAGGGCAAAUUCCCUUCUCCCUGACUGCAGCAAACCAUUUACAAAUGCCAAUGCUCACUUGCCGAAUAUUGUGCAUUCAAAGGGAGGGUCCCCAUCAGUUGAAGCCAUUUCGCACACAGGAUCUGAAUCUGAUUUAAGUCACAAAAAGUCCACUGAAAAUAAAAAACUACAGGGUGAAUACGUUCGAGUUAUAGAAGUAAUAGCUAAACUUGAAUCUGAGUGCUUAAAAAAUCAACACAACAGAAAUGGAGAAGCUAGAAAUAAUAGCUUUCGAAGAGGGGUGGGGAGAGUUUUGUUGACUAAUCCUCACCUUUCAGAAGAAAGUGCCAAGAGUAUAGGCAUAAUUCGAAAAUCAGCUGGUGCACCCAGAGCAGUUGAUAACAUUGGGCAAAGCAAAGAACAAUGUAGCCACAUAAGCACAAGCUAUACUAAACCAUGCACUGAACCACAGGAUAACGCUCCAUCUCUAGCUAUUAACUUUUCUGGUGUGGUAUUGAAUCUCUCUUCUAAAGAGGCUUCAUUAACCCACAAGGAAACAACAUCAUUGCCAAACAGUACAAGAGAACAUUUUAGUAGUGAUGUUGAGACAUCAGUGGAGUCCUGUAAUACCCCAUCACUGUGUUGGGAAAUGGACAAUAAGUUUGUAUCAAACUUUACUUUACCGGAGAGUGGUAUGGGUGAAUAUGCAAAUGACUUUAUUGUCAAUGAGUUAGAGUCUUGUGUGGUGGAUAGGAAUAUGGUUAGGAGGGUCAAGGAAGCAACAGAAUGUACGUCAGUGACUAAACUAAAGUCUGAGGAACCCCUUCCUGGAAAACUAUUUUUCACACUUGAACAGUCCCACUUGGAAAACUUGGAUUCAAUUGAAAAUACUACUGAGGAAAUCCUGGAUAUUGCACAUUGCAGGGAUGACUUUCUGAUUGCUGAAAGCAGAACAUUGAACAGAAGUUGCUCAGAAGCGAAUCAGAGCAAUUCUUGCACACCUUUUGGAACUAUGUGCCCUUCAUUAACUGAGCCCUUUCCUCUAAGAAGGCAAGUAUCUCAUGAGUUCUUAGAAACUCGCUUCAAAAUUCAACAGCUUCUUGAGCCUCGGCAAUACAUGGCCUUUUUACCACACCACAUCAUGGUGAAGAUUUUCAUGUUCCUUCCUACUAAAACCCUGGCAGCUCUCAAAUGCACGUGCCAUUAUUUUAAGUUUAUUAUAGAAAACUAUGACAUUAGAGCAACAGAUUCACGUUGGGUCUGUGACCCACGAUACAAAGAUGAUCCAUGCAAGCAAUGUAAAAAACAUUACACAAAAGGGGAUGUGUCAGCAUGUCGGUGGCAUUCAAAACCUUAUUAUAAAGUUCCACCCUAUGGGCGUUCCUACUGGAUGUGUUGUUGGCAGACAGAAAAAGAUUCACUAGGCUGUAAAAUUGGGCUUCAUGAUAAUAACUGGGUGCAGUCUCAUAAUCAUGUGCAACAAAUAUGUGAAAAGGUAAAGAAUGGAGAAGGAAUAUGACAUUUAAAAAAAAAAGUGAAUUUGGUUCAGUAUGAUUGGGGAUAUAAAAUACUGUUAUUGAAUUGUUUGCUUCCUGUAGAAAUUGGAAUAUUGGUUCUGCACUGUUUACAUUGUACAGUAUGAACAUAUUAGCUUAUGUGAAUCUGCAUGAACCAAACUGCAGCAGCCAAUAGCUGUAAGAGAACUGCAGUAUUUGCUCUAUCAUGUGUUUGAUUUACGAUAAUAUUGUACUGUUAAUGUAGCUGGCACAGCAACAAACCACUACAAUGCAGCUAUAUCAGUGUUGCAGUUAGUCUGUUUUAAGUAAUGGUCUUUCUUUUGAAUAGAUUGUAUAUUCUACCUAAACUUACAUUUAAGUGCAAAAAUAUUGGCAUGGAAAUGAAUAAAUAUAAACAAGAUCGACCACUUAAGACCUGAGAAUUAUGAUGAGCAAGUGUUGCUAAACAAUGUUAGAGCAAGUACAAAAAAAUAGCAGCACUGCAGAAUUACAGGUUAUGCAAAAUGAAAACUGGUUGAAAAUUAAUCGCAUUACUUGAAUUGCCACUGUCAGUGUAUAGCAAUGCUUACUUUGGUUUAAUGAGUCUCAGAUCUUUGGGGGAGGGGUUUACUGCUCUUAAAGGUUUGGUGGUAUAUAUGGAGUUAUAUGAACUAUUGUAUAGUGAUCAUUUUAGUGGGGUGGAUGUUUUAAUAGGAUUUACCAAUUUUGUGUUGAAGCAUAUAACUCAACUGUACAUCAAAAAUAAAAUUCAUUGUGCCAUGGCAAACAAUUCUUUGGUCCAAUUGAUAUCUCAAUCAUAAUUGAAUUCUUGUUUGCAGACAAGAAAUAAAUAUUUUAAACAAAGCUUUCCACACAACGAUUCUAACUCAAUGUAUACCUAGGUAUAUAAAGUGCUGUGGGAGGGAAGGAAAUUGGGUUUUCAUCCCAUAUAUAUCAAGAAUAGGCCACGUUUAAAUCCAAACACAUAAUAAAUUGCCAGUUUUUAAUAUUAAUACUUGAGCUUUAGCACCGAAUUUAAAACUUGAAUCUGUUUUUAUUUCCAGUCAAAAGCCCUGUUCCAACUUGACUUUAAAAAGAUUAGUUUUAUUUUUAUUGUUUAUCUUUGCCUAUCUCAAACGUAAAAGCAAAGUAAAUCCUCUCAUUGAUUUAAUGGUUAAAAUUAUGUGUCGAGACUCUUUUACGUUUAUUUGUGAUUUAAUAUCUGAUCUGCAGUGUUUCCCUUGAAAGGGAAAAGAACUUGAUGAAAAUAAGACUCAAUCCAAGUCCUGGUAUGAAUAACUAUUUAUUUUCUUAAGUCUUUAUAUAAAUGGAAUUUUAUUUUCAUAGAAUUAUACUUGUUGCAUUAAUAAAAAUUCCCAAAAUUCUGAAACAGUUGAAUCUUAAGGCUAAAGCUGUAAAUAUUCAUCAGGCUAUGCUCAGCAGAAAGAAGGGAAGUGGAGUUCUGAAAAUGAAUACUUUAUUCUUCAAGGAUACUCCUGAUUAGACUAUAUUUCUCCUCCCAUUCUAUAGUUUGAUUUUUUUUACUUGUGGAUAAUCCCAAGACAGAAUGUAAGAAUGCUGUAGAGAUAUUAAUUUUGUUAUAUAAAUGUUUAAAGUGCUUUUAAUACUGCCUUUGCAAGCUUGGAGUACAUAUUUACAUAUUUGUACAUUUAUGUUAUUGGGACUAGGAUUUUUAUUUUUGCAUUUAUAUUGUCUUAAGUAUUCCCCUUUAAAUUUCAUUACUUGUAAAUUUAUUGCAUCUUUGUUUUUCUUUUAUUCUCACUGCACUUAUUCAUAUAGUGCCUAAAAUAUUCAUCUGUUGCCUACUUAAUUCUGCAUAACCUGUAACACUGCAUAUAGCUUUGCUUUAGAAUAUAUUUUAUUCCCACUAAACUUGCUGCUUGUUCUGAAUCUCCAUUUACAAGGGAGCACAAUUAUCAAGCUACUGUUUCUGUGUAUCUUGUACAUUACUUGCAAUUUUCUAUAAGCUUAAAAAAUGUUGUAAAAUGAAUAAAAUGGAACAUUAAUAGAAAAUAUACUGGUUGUAAAUGUUUGGUACCAAAUUUUGAAAUUCAUUUCAUCUACUUUUCUGCAUUAGAACUUUAAAAAAAUAUAUUAUGUUGGAAGCUGUUUAAGACUCCAGAUAUUCCGUUUGUUAAUAAAACUAGAUUCUUGGUUGAUUGCAAAUUAAUCAGUAUUUCACCAUUGAAAUGAAUUCUCACUUUUUAGCUACAGUGUUUUGCAACUGCACUAAUACACAAUUCUUAAGAAUUUUGUUCCAAAAUUAGAUCUUUGGACAUCAUUUUCAGCUGUUGUGGUUAUAUCUGUUAUUAGUUAUUCCUUUACAUUUGGUUACUUCUGUCAUACCCCUUACUGUUGCCACGUGUGUUUAAUAUGCAGAUGUACAUGUUCAACUCGCAUUUUUGUGCAAUUUUUCAGUUUGGUGCAGUUUAAGACGCAUGAAAUGGGUAUCCAUGCUUUGGACCGUUAAUUCUUCUUGGAUGAUGGCAACAUUAGUGGCUUUGUGUAAUCCAACCUAUGGUGAAUUAACCAAUGUUGACAGUAGUAAUUCUAACACAAUGUGCAGGUAAUUACAGGUGGUAAUAUAGUUUGUGUUAAAUUGAAGAAUAGUUUACCUGUGUGAAGUUCCGCAAAUAAUGCGUGUUUGAUUUGAUAGUUUUUGAAAAUAUUUGCCUGUCAAACCUGAACUACUUAUUCCCCUCCAUAGAUGCUGCCUGACUUACCACGUUUCUCCAGCAUUUUGUAUGAGUAUUACUCGACUUCUAGCAUCUGCCGCAGAAUCUCUUGUAUUUUUGUUUUUUGGAUCGGGUAGUCUGGCCUAAAAGUUUGAGCCUAGUCUUUGAGGAAUGAAGUUCUGCUUGCAGAGGUUGAUACCUAUUUGAAACUUUUCCAUAAAUUUUUAAAAACAUUUAUAGUUGAAUUAAAGUAAACUACUGGAAGAACAUAAGGGGUCAAGCAGCAUCUAGAGAGGCAAAAGGAUGGAUGACAUUUCAGAUCAAGAUCCGGCAUCAGUUUUCUUUCUGUUUCAGAUUACAGCAGCACAGUAGUCUCCAUUUAAAUUAGAAUAUUCAGCUGUUUGCUAACCCGUGGAAAAUUCAGGAAAGAAUGCUAUGCAAUGACACCCAAUGGGCAGAGAUCGUAACUACAAAAAUCCAUAAAGCCAUAAAUUUUGAACUAAAAUGAAAAGCAUUAUUGACAUUACUUACCUAAAACUGGAAAACAAUGUUGAGUAACCAGUUGGUUGAUAAAAUUGCUAGCCGAGAUUUGCUGUUUGUCCCAAAACUGCAGUAACUAUUGUUUAUUAACCUAGGCCUUCAUAAGUCAAUGUAUUGAGGACAGAAGAUGGGAUGUUAUGUUGAAGUUGUAAAAGGCAUUGGUGAGGCCUAAUUUGGAGUACUGUGUGCAGUUUUAGUCAACUACCUAUAGGAAAGGUACAUGUUUGAAAGAGUGCAGAGAAAAUUUAUAAGGAUGUUGCUGAGUCUGGAGGACCUGAGUUAUAAGGAAAGAUUGAAUAGGUUAGGACUGUAUUCUUUAGAACGUAGAAAAUUGAGAGAAGAUUUGAUCAAGGUAUACAAAAUUGUGAUAAGUAUAGAUAGAGUAAAUGCAACCAGACUUUACCACUGAGGUUGGGUGGGACUACAACCAGAGGUCUUUGCUUAAGGUAUAAGGAGAAGUUUAAGGGGAACGUGAGGGGAAACUUCUUCAUUCAGAGGAUCAUGAGAAUGUGGAAUGAGCUGCCAGCAUAAGUGGUCCAUGCGAGCUUGAUUUCAACCUUUAAGAGAAGUUUGGAUAGAUACAUGGAUAGCAGGGAUAUAGAGAGCUAUUGUCCAGGUGCAGAUCGUUGGGAGCAGGCAGUUUAAGUGGUUUCGGAAUGGACUAGAUGGGCCAAAGGGCCUGUUUCAGUGCUGUACUUCUCUGACUCUACUUAAAUAGAAGCACAACUCCUUUCCCUUUCACAGGUUUCAAAUGCUGUGUUGAAUGCACUGUCUCAUUUGGAUCUUUAAUAUACAAAUCAAAUUCCAGUACAAAACACAUGGGUAUAAACACUAAGAAUGCUGUACAUAACACAGUUGGUGAGUUGACGCACUGUGGUUUAAGGACCUAGGGAAAGAUAGGGAACCAACAGGCAGUGCAGGAGACCUUUGUGGUCAUCUCCUUCAAAACAAAUACCUCUCUUUGGAUACUAUUCGGAAUACUCAUUAGGGGAAGACAGCAGUAACCAGGACCAUGGCACGGUGAAUGGCUCUGCUGCAUAGGAGAACAGGGAAAAGUGGCUGAGCUAUUAUAAAUGAUUCUACAGUUACUUCUAUGAUCGCAAAUGGGACUCACAGUUCGUGUGUAGUCUCACAGUUACAAGCCUCCUGGUUCUGAUGGGUGCAUCCUAGGGUAGUGAUAUAAAUGGUGGAAGUUCAUGUAGAUGCACUUGUGAUGAUUUACAAAAUUCUUUUGACUCUGGGCAGGUCCCAGAAGAAUGGAAGACAGUGAAUGUCAUGCCACUGUUUAAAAAAGGAUGUAGAACAGGUGGGUAAGUAUAGACUAGUUAGCUUAAUGUCUAAUCAGAAAAAUGCUUGAUACUAUCAUUAAGGAAGACAUAGAGAGACAUUUAGAUAGAAGUGGUUCCAUCAGGCAUAGGUCCUUUUUGACAAACUUACUGGAGUUCUUUGAGGUUAUAAUGAAUGCGGAGGAUAGAAGGGAAAAGGUGGAUAUUGUAUACUUAGAUUUACAGAAGCCAUUUAGUAAGGUGUCUCAUAAAAGACUCCAUAAGAUUGCAUGGAUUUAGGGGUACUGUAUUAGCAUACACAGAGGAUUGGUUAACCAACAGAAGGCAUAGAGUUGGCUGUUUCUGUGGCUGGCAGUCAGUGGUGAGCCCAUUGUUCAUGAUAUACGUUAACAGUUUGAAAGAGGAGACCGAGUGUAGCAUAUCUAAGUUUGCUGGUGACAGUAAAUUGAGUGGAAAAGCAAAUUGUGCAGAGGAUAGGGCGAGUCUGCAGAGAGAUGCAGUUAGACUGAGUGGGGCAGGGUAUAACAAUAUAACAUUAGUAAAGGCGAGGUUCCACUUUGGAAGGAAAAAUAGGUCAGAUUAUUAUCUGAAUGGUGAACAAGUGAAAUUAUACAGAGGAAAUUAAGAGUCCUAGUGCAUGAAUUGCAACAGACUGGUUUGUAGGUGCAACAGGUUAUGAAGGCAAAUGGAAUGUAGGCUUUCAUUGUAGAGGAACUGAGUGAGAAAGUUAUGUUGCAAUUAUAGAAGGUAUUGGUAAGAUCACACCUGGAGUAGUGCAUGCAGUUCUGGCCUCCUUACUUGAGGCAAGAUAUACUGGCUUUGCAGAUGGUACAGAGGAGGUUCAACAGGUUAAUUCCAUAGACAGGGUUAAUAUAUGAGGGGAGAGAGUCACCUAGGAUAAUACUUGCUGAAAUUCAGAAGAAUGAGAGUGGAUCUUUUAGAAACAUAGAAUUACAGAAGGGAUAAGAUAGAGGUGGUAGUUUUCAUUGUUAAGUGAGAGUAGAGCUAGGGAACAUACUUCACUAUUUGUGGUAACAGAUUUAAGAGGGGGAUGAAGAAAAACUGCUUUUCUCAGAGUAGUGAAUAUGUAAUUCUUUGUCCAGGGAAGCAGUAGAGUAUAGUUCAUUAAAUAUAUUUAAGCCAUUGUUGGAUAUUUUUGCAUAGCAGUGGAAUUAAAGGUUAUGGGGAAAAGGCAGGUAGGACGAGCUGAGUCAACAGCCAGAUCAGCCAUGAUCUUACUGAAAGGCAGAGCAGCCCUGAUGAAUCAGAUGGCGUACUCUUGCUCCUAUUUUUUUUAUUUAUUAUGUAUAACAAUUAGUUAGCUUUGUUAAUUUACUAGUGGCUGUACAACUGGACUUGUGACUUAAGACUUGACUACAUUAAAAUCCUUAAAAAAAAACAACAACAGAAGAUAGGGAACAAAGUGAAGUUGAGGCAGGAGAUUACUAUGAUAGUAAAUGGUAGAACAGGGUUCAGGAGCUGUUUUGCUUUCUGUUUAAAACAAAAAGUUAGUUCAUGCACCCUUUUCAUGAUGGGACUUUGUCAGUAACUGAGUUACUUUUUUUUAUACUGCAAUUAUUAUAAGUGACUGACCACUGUGAAGCACCAAUAACACAUUGAACAGAUGAAGUGCAUGCACCUAUCCCUUCAAGAUACAUAUUUUUUGAAAAUUCUGCAUGAAUACCAGAUCUUAGGUUUUCAAAUUUAACACUUUUUUAAACCCUCAAUUGUUUCUUUCAAAAGUAUUGUACUCUUUGACAUUGUGUUGUUUAAAAUGGCAGAACAGGUGUCAAAGAGUUGUUAAGGUUUUUUUUUGGCAUAUUUGGAUUAUUUCUCCCAUUUCAUAAAAUUCUACUUUUCCUAUCAUAUUUAUGAUAAAUAUACGUUAAGGUAUAUUUUGUAGGUUUAAGAAUCAUGAUUGCAUUCAGGAAUGAGACAUUAAAGAGCCUGACACUGCAAAGGUGUAUUGGAGCUAGACUGAGCAGUAGGCGUGUGUUCCAAACUUAAAUAUAAUUCUACCCACAUUUGUUCUUCAUGGACGACUAUCAUCAAGCCAGCUGAAGGAGAAAAUCUGGUGAGCCCAGUGCUAAAUGUUACUUUAAAAAAUUAAGUUGUAAAUUGCAAUCAGUAGAUUGACUUAGUGGUUAAAAGAUAUUUCCUGUUUCGUGAGGUAAAAAUUAACUUAAACUUUCAACAGAAUGGUCUGACUUUUAAAUUAUAAACCCUAUCUAUUUAUAUUACUACAAUAUGUUAACUUUUAAAGCAGUUAAUUUCCUUUGAUUGCUUAUUACCAUAAUUGUUAUUGGUGGUAA